GGGUUCGGGUCCGCUAUGAGCGGCUCGGACGGGCUCUGUGUUCUGCUCGGUAAACUGGUCCUCUCUGCCGGGCUCACCUGGAUUCUGUUCGGCUUCUUCAGCUUCUUUCCUUCGAGAAAGAAAAACCAGGCGCCGGAUUCAACCAACAAAACAGAGUCCGAGGUCAUGUCGAGCCAGUCUGCCAAGCACAGCGAUGCCACCAAGCUGGGCGUGGGUAAGGCUAUAGCCGUGCUCACUUCUGGAGGCGAUGCACAAGGGAUGAAUGCAGCAGUCCGGGCUGCAGUGAGAGUGGGGAUCUACACUGGAGCCAAAGUGUUCUUCGUGCACGAGGGGUACCAGGGGCUGGUGGACGGGGGAGACAAUAUUCGGGAGGCAACCUGGGAGAGCGUGUCCAUGAUGCUGCAGCUGGGGGGCACGGUGAUUGGCAGCGCCCGCUGUCAGGAGUUUCGUACCCGGGAGGGGCGCGCCAAGGCUGCCUGUAACCUGGUGACGAGAGGCAUCACCAACCUGUGUGUGAUCGGGGGGGACGGCAGCCUCACCGGAGCCAAUGAAUUCCGCUGUGAAUGGAGUGGACACCUCGCCGAGCUGGUGAAGACAGGUAAGAUCUCGAUGGAGCAGGCGAAGUUCUCCUCUCACCUCAACAUCGUGGGGAUGGUCGGCUCCAUCGAUAAUGAUUUCUGCGGCACGGACAUGACGAUCGGCACGGACUCUGCGCUGCACCGCAUCAUGGAGGUGGUAGACGCCAUCACCACCACGGCACAGAGCCACCAGAGGACCUUCAUACUGGAGGUGAUGGGACGGCACUGUGGGUACCUCGCUCUGGUCACUGCUCUGUCCUGUGGGGCGGACUGGGUCUUCAUUCCUGAGAUGCCCCCGGAGGAUGACUGGGAGGACCAUCUGUGCAGGAGGCUGAGCGAGACUCGGAGUCGAGGGUCUCGUCUGAACGUGCUCAUCGUGGCGGAGGGAGCGAUCGACAAGCAUGGCAAACCCAUCAGCUCUGACAUGGUGAAGGAUCUGGUGGUGAAGAGACUGGGGUACGACACUCGUGUGACAAUCCUGGGGCACGUGCAGAGAGGGGGGACCCCCUCCGCAUUCGACCGCAUCCUGGGCAGUAGGAUGGGGGUGGAGGCAGUCAUGGCCCUGCUAGAUGCCACUCCAGAGACCCCUGCCUGUGUGGUCAGCCUGUCCGGAAACCAGGCUGUGAGACUGCCACUCAUGGAAUGUGUGCAAGUGACGAAGGAUGUGACCCGGGCGAUGGCAGAGGGCAGGUUUGAUGACGCUAUCAAGCUGAGAGGAAGGAGCUUCGAGAACAACUGGAACACAUACAAGCUACUGGCUCACAUUCGCCCUCCAGAGGACAAGAGUAAUUUCAACAUUGCGGUGAUGAAUGUGGGCGCUCCCUGUGCUGGAAUGAACGCAGCGGUCAGAUCCACCGUGAGAAUCGGGAUCAGUCAGGGCCACCACAUGCUGGCCGUCCACGACAGCUUCGAGGGGCUGGCUGGAGGACAGAUUGAGCCGAUCGGGUGGAACGAUGUCGGGGGCUGGACUGGGAAAGGGGGUUCGAUCCUGGGCACGAAGCGGGUCAUGCCUGGGAAGCUCAUGGAUGAGAUCAGCCUCGCGAUCAGCAAGUUCAAUAUCCACGCGCUGGUCAUCAUCGGGGGCUUCGAGGCGUACACUGGCAGUCUGGAGCUGCUUGCGGCUCGGGAGCGCUAUGAGGAGCUCUGCAUCCCGCUGGUGGUGAUCCCAGCGACCGUGUCCAACAACGUGCCAGGAUCUGACUUCAGCAUCGGAGCCGACACUGCGCUCAACACCAUCACCAUGACCUGUGAUCGGAUCAAGCAGUCUGCAGCGGGUACGAAGCGCAGGGUCUUCAUCGUUGAAACCAUGGGCGGGUACUGCGGUUACCUAGCAACCAUGGCAGGCCUGGCCUCAGGAGCGGACGCUGCCUACAUCUUUGAGGAACCCUUCUCAAUCCACGACCUCGAGGUGAACGUGGAGCAUCUCAUUGAGAAGAUGAAGACCACUGUGAAGAGAGGCCUGAUCCUCAGGAAUGAGAAAUGCAAUCUCAGCUACACCACUGACUUCCUCCUCAGUCUGUACUCCGAGGAGGGGCGGGGCACGUUCGACUGCAGGAAGAACGUCCUGGGACACAUGCAGCAGGGCGGGACCCCCACUCCCUUUGACAGGAAUUUCGGCACCAAGCUGGGGGCGAAGGCGGUGCUGUGGCUGAGUGACAAGCUGAAGGAAUGUUGCAGACACGGGCGGAUCUUCGCUAACACCCCGGACUCCGCCUGCGUCCUCGGGAUGAAAAAGAGGAACCUCGUUUUCCAGCCUGUCUCUGAACUGAAGGAGCAGACAGAUUUCGAGCACCGCAUCCCCAAGCAGGAAUGGUGGCUCACCCUGCGACCCAUCCUGAAGAUCCUGGCGAAGUACAAGAUAGACUUCCACUUCACGGAGAAAGCACACCUCGAACACAUCCUUCGCAAGAGACUGACCGCGGAGAGGAGAGUGUGAUGCCCUCCCAGCCAGGCAGCCAGGGAGAGAGGGAGCCGUCCCAACCACACAGCGUGCGGCUCCUGCAACACUGACAGUGUAUACAGCGGCUCCCAGAGGCAGGCUGCAGACAUGGUUUUCAUACGCCAUGAACGCAUAGUGAAAGGCUUGCAAAUAUUUAUGGCUUUACAGUAAUCUAAUGCAAUCUAAUGUAAUAGACACACACAACGCUUUGCCAACACUUGCCUUCACUAUCAGACUUAAUAAACCUAGACAAAUGCUGGCCA